UCACAACACCUAUCAUUAUUAUAGCGAUUACGUUGUAUUAGAACACCGAUCAGAUCCACGCUGCCGCUGCCGUCGCCGCCACGACCCACUUACUACAAUCGCUAUUAUGGACGGGCCACCACCACAACCACCAGACCCAAACAGCAUGUUUGACUUUACUACGCCGGCUGGUUUGAACCCGGUGAGUAAUGACAUUAUGCUCUCGGAUGCUUUGCGCAUCACGAAUGCCACCAAUAUCGCACCACCUCAUCCAUCGCGCCCGGACUAAUAUCGAGCUCUGCAUUAGAUGUCCUCUACCGGCCAGAACGACUUAAUGUCGCUCUACGAUAGCUCCAUGUUCACAACCUUCGAUGGCCUGCCAAUGAGUCUUGAUGGCCUCAACGACAUGACAGCUGCCCCGCCCCCUCCACAGCCGUUUGCGCCGGUCUCGGCAAAUGCGAAUCACCAGGCUGCGCUCGUCCAAAAUGAUGCCGCUGCACGAUUUGCAUCAAAUACGGGCGAGAGUCCGGUCCCGCCGGCGCCCGUGGGAAUCACCCCGAGCUACGCCGCCCCCGCGCAACCCACUGUGCAAGGAGGAAGCACACUAACCGAAUUCACCAAGAGGAGGAAUUGGCCAGCCAAGGUUGUCGAGGAACUCAAAGACUUCUUGCAGAUACUAGAUGCGCACGGGAGAAUUAAAUAUGUAUCACCGAGUGUCUCGCCCUUGACUGGCUAUGAAUCAGACGAGCUUAUCGAUCGAUUUGUCAAGGAUUUAAUUCACCCGGAUGAUGUUGGCACAUUCACAUCCGAUAUGAAUGAGUCCAUAGCUACUGGAAACCCUUUGCGCAUGUUCUAUCGGCUCAAGAAGAAAGAUGGUAACUAUGCCAUAUUUGAAUCCGUCGGGCAUGCUCAUAUCGCCGCAGCUAAAUUCGCGCCAAACCCGGAAAAUCAAUCUCCGUUCUGCCAGGCAGUAUUUAUGAUGUCACGGCCGUAUCCGACCAAGAACGCAUCUUUACUAGACUCGUUCUUAGAACACAAGAUCGAAAACGAACGAUUGAGGCGUCGUAUUGCGGAGCUCCGAAGGGAAGAAGAGGAAGAGGAAGCUUCCCAGCAGAGUUGGUUUGCAGCGAGUCAAGAAGGUCGAUCGGAUGUCGCAGCAUCGGAGGACACGAUGUUAACGUCUUCUCAAAGUCCAGCAGUAUUCAACCAACCUAGUGUAGACUCGCAGGUCAUGCCCCCUCCAGAGAGACCAACACCGCUUAACAUAGCAUUGACAAGGGAGAACCUCGAAGGUGUGACAGCAGGGAAUCGACCAGACUCGAUUAGAGACAAGAUGGCGCGAUACGAGGGUGCAUCGCAUACUGACACUAUCGAGAUGUUAACCGGUUUAAGAUACGUCGAAGGAGAACGAAGCCGUGGAAUUACUACAGGCAAUUCCAGCCCUACACUCAUCAAGGGCGACGUGGGAAUUGCGAUACCCAUCGAUAGAGAUCCAAGGACGGGUGAGAAAAAGAAGAAGCUCAAAGUUGCAGAAGAAUAUGUCUGUACCGAUUGUGGAACAUUGGAUUCUCCUGAGUGGAGAAAGGGACCACAAGGACCCAAGACCCUUUGCAACGCUUGCGGUCUUCGAUGGGCGAAGAAGGAAAAGAAGAAGAAUGCUAGCGGUGGAGGUAAUGGUGGAAGUGCUGGUCCAGGACCACCCCAUAUGCCCGGCUCAGAGCACCAGCAGUGAGUUGUUCUAAGGGAUUAAUAGUUGUUAUUGUCACGUGAAGCGAUCUAUAGACAGGCCUUGAGGUGCACGGCGUAUUGGCAUUUCCUCAGGUAA